UGUGAUCUUCUAGAUAAUUGUUUAGUAACUCAUUGAAUGCAGUUCCCAAAAACUAACAGCUGCCCGCUGGUGUUUGGGUUUCAAUUGAACCUUCUAAUUUAAAAUACUAAAUAUGCUUUUUCUGGUAUUCAAUCGCAUUACUUAAUACAUAUUCUAUUUUACUAUUUGUUUUUAGUAACCACAGAAAAAUACCAUGGGUCGUUGUUCAAAAGAUAAGAGGGAUAUUUAUUACCGCCUGGCUAAGGAAGAAGGAUGGAGAGCACGCAGUGCAUUCAAGCUCUUACAGAUAGAUGAAGAAUUUAAUAUAUUCAAAGGAGUGACAAGAGUUGUUGAUCUGUGCGCUGCUCCAGGAAGCUGGAGUCAAGUGCUGCUGAGAAAAUUGAGGCACAAAUCAGCAGCUCCAGAUGAAGUUAAGAUUGUGGCAGUUGAUCUGCAGGCAAUGGCUCCCCUGGAGGGCGUGACAUGCAUGCAGGGCGACAUCACGAAGGUGGAGACAGCGCAUGCCAUCAUUGAGCACUUCUCCGGGGACAAGGCCCAGCUCGUGGUGUGUGAUGGUGCUCCUGAUGUGACGGGCCUCCACGACCUGGACGAGUUCGUACAGUCGCAGUUGCUGGUCGCGGCGCUGAACAUCGUCACGCACGUGCUGCUGCCCGGCGGCACCUUCGUCGCUAAGAUCUUCCGUGGUCGCGACGUGUCGCUCCUAUACGCGCAGUUCGAGCUUUUCUUCCAACACGUCGAGAUCGCCAAGCCUCGCGCCUCUAGGAACUCCAGUAUUGAAGCGUUCGUGGUGUGUCGCGGCUACUCCCCUCCCCCGGGCUACACGCCCACCAUGAGCAACCCUCUGCUGCACGCCUCCUCCGCCACGCACGACUGGAAGGACCAGCUCCUGGGGCCUGUUGAUCGUCUCAUCGUGCCCUUUGUGACAUGUGGUGACCUGUCAGCCUACGAUGCUGACACCUCAUACUCCCUGCUGGAGCUUGGGAUUGGUGAGCCGUACAGCUAUAAACCUCCUGUUCAGCCGCCCAUCAAUCCAGCCUACCAGUCCGCUCUGGACCAACGCCGGGCGACCGCUACAGCCAACCCGCCUCCUGCUCAUGACAUCCAGGACCAAGAGAGUGGCCACCAACAGAGUCCAUUUAUUCUUCCGUAACCGUCGUGUUAGGCAGGCAGUGUGAAGGUUGAUCUUGGAGCAGCAGUGCACGGCUACAACACGUCCGUCGUUGCGGGCGGACGAGGCGCGGAAGGCUUAAGGGUGGUUGUUCCCGGGUUAUCAACUGCGUGGUUACCAAAAUGACUGUUCCGGGGCGCUGCAGGCCAGGGGGCGGUGGGCCCAGGAUCGCGCGGCGCGAAGAUGUGAAGCUCGAACUCUUCAGGGUAGCGAGUUUUGUCGGCCAGUUGUUCGAGAGGGGAGGCUUUGUUAUUGCCGUUUCUUCUGGAUAUCGUUGGCGGUAAUAUGCCUCUAUUUGGAGUGUAAUUCUACGUAUCAACAGAGGUUCACAUAGCGUGAAAUUAACCCCCAUAAGAUGUUUUGCAAUCUUAUUGUCUCGAGCCAAUAUUGGCCUCGCUUUGUGUUCUAGAUCACAAGCCGCCGCACUCCUCGAGAGACGGCUGAAGAGUAAAAUAUACAAGCCGAACUGUCUUCGGAAGUAGUCUGACUAUAGUUGGACCCACUUCAUCAUUACCAUUUUUGUGUCCAUUAUUACUGUAUUUCCAUUAUAACACAUUUUUGACAUUCUACUUCAUCUAGACCACUCGAACGUCUAAAAUUUCUGCUAGUCUUUAAAAUAACCUCCGGCUUUAACUUCAUCUUCAGUUGUUUCAGUCAUCCACGAUCGUAUGGUCCGCUGGCUGAGACUUUGAAAAUUUUAGAUGUAGUUCCUUGCCGCUACAUAAUGAAGGUUCAUUACGGAGAGGGUUGUAUUUAUUGACAAAUAAUGGAGAUUUCAGUUAAAACAUGCAAAUAGGACCUUGACUUGAUUACAUUAUGCCUCAUGAGUCAUGUCCUGCUUCAGAUUUUGAAUUCGAGUAAACUUCUCAGCCUUCCGUGUACGUUAUAUUGUUAUCCCAGCUUUUCAAGUUACCCUGUGACACCUUCUCUUCUCCACCGAUCUGAGCAGGACCACUCUACUCUAACUUAUUACUCGCACAAAAUUUAGAGAUUCUCCACUCUGGUACGACCGAGUUUAGUGAGUGACACCUUUAUCAGACUGCCGUGCAGCUUUGUCAUAAAAAUUUCUCGUA